GUGAAUGCUCUUUGAACGACGUUAACCGUAAUGUGAGCCGGAUCAAGAAGACUCUGAAUCGACCUGCUUACCUUGACGACUGCUAUAAGAUCGGUAUUUGCAACGUGUUGCCCACAUCCAUCAGCACAGCUGCUGGGAGAGGCCGCAACAGCGCAUUUCC